GGAAAGCGCACAGCCGCUCCAUCACGGCCCAGCAAGUACAAUCGUUUGCCGGAGAAAAGCGGACUUAAGUAUAACAAUGCAACAAACAAGCUAAGAAAAUGGACCGAGUAGCUGAGCAGUCGACUCCCGCCGGAUUCCCGCCUGGAUUUUUACACAAAUCAAAUGCUGUGUUCGCCUACGUUACGUUCUUGUGAUCCGAUCACCGUACAGGCUGCCGGUACAAAGGAGCAGCAGCGCCUGGGAUUGAAGCCGAAUGGUCGGACAUGAGUGAGCUGGCCAGUCAAUGCUCCUAAAUCUGGACCUACCUGCCUACACCACCAGCAAACAAAGAGAAGCUGCUGUGUUGUCCACAAAAGGAUGCGUUGCCCACGACAAGUGUCAUCAAUUUGUAUUGGUGAGCAGGUCAUCUAAAGGCCUGUUGUAAACACAAUUGAACUGUGAGCUGUUGUUGAGACUGUUGGAUUGGGCAAAAAAGACGAUAUGGUUGAGCCGGUGGGAUUCAUCGAGGCGUGGAAGGCUCAAUUCCCAGAAUCUGAGCCCCCUAAGAUGGAGCUGAGGUCUGUGGGAGGUAUUGAGCACGAGCUGGAGAGAUGCAAAGCCUCCAUCCGGAGACUCGAGCAGGAAGUGAACAAGGAGCGCUUCCGCAUGAUCUACCUGCAGACCCUCUUGGCCAAGGAGAGGAAGAGCUAUGACAAGCAGCGCUGGGGCUUCAGGAAGACUCCUCUCAAUGAGGGGGUGGACCCUGGCUCCUCUCAGGGGGCAGAGUCUCAGCAGCCACACAUGCAGGAGACAGGUGGGGUGGGGUAUGGCGCUGCUCCGAUUUUGGACAGAAGCCGCUACCCGGCUCAUGGUGAUGGAACAGGCAGAUCAAAACCUAGACCACCGCCGGCAAGGAAAUCAGCCUCCCACGGAGAUGGGCUGGAGUCUGCAUUCGAAGCACCCCAGCAGGCUGAGUCGACAUCCUGCGACAAUCUGGAUGGCCUUUCUCCCUCAAAGCAGAGAGGGGGUGUUUCUGCGUCACCCCGAAGGCCGGUGCUCCCACCCCCGGACAAGGAGCUGCCCUGUGACCCUAAAGAUAAGCUCGGGAUGGGUCUUGGUGUGGCCGCUCUGAGGUCGAACUUUGAGCGAAUCAAGCGGGCCAACUCUCACUCUGUAGGUGAUAAAGGUCAAGAGAAGCAGCCACCUUUGCCGCCACUGCCGCCGCCACCUUUCUACACAAACAUGGAGUUCCAUCACGACAGGGGGUUGGUUCGCGUCAAUGACCGUGAAGUCUCUGACAAGAUCAGCUCCCUGGGAAGCCAGGCCAUGCAGAUGGAGCGCAAGCGAUCCUUGCACUCGCUUCCUGGUAACCUGGCAACUGUGGCGGGGGAGCUCCGCGCCAGACCAGUGUAUAGGGGCCGCUCCACAGAGAGCACCUGUGGUUACGAUGCUGAAUAUGAAGAUGGGGAACCCAAUCAAAGACAUCAGCGAUCCAAUGGUGGGAAACCUCCACCUCCACCUUGGCAACCUUCUGAUUUCCAGGCCUACUCCAGUGUCUAUGUCGGUGGAGUGAUGAUGGGUGAAGGCGGUGGCGGCGGCGAUGCGCGAGGAGGUAUCCAAAUGAGAGACCAUGGAGGAGGUGAUGACCACCUCCUCACGUGGCCCCGCCGCUCUUAUUCUCCAGGGAGCUUUGAGGACGUCGGCGGUGGCGGCGGCUACACACCGGACUGCAGCUCCAAUGAGAACCUGACAUCCAGCGAGGAGGACUUCUCGUCGGGCCAGUCCAGCCAUGUCUCGCCCAGCCCCACCACGGCCUUUCGACGGCCCUUCCGUGAGAAGAGCCGCUCGCCGUCGCAGAAUUCCCAGAACUCUCAGCAUUCGUUCGACAGCAGCAGUCCCCCAACACCGCAGUCGCAGAAGCGCCACCAUCGGCAACAAGGCGGCCACGUGGUCAUGUCAGAGGCCACUAUUGUCAGUGUUCGCAAGACUGGACAAAUCUGGCCACCUGCUGUUCAUCACGGGAGAGCAUCGCAUGAUAACAGUUUCCAUGGAGACCACCUCGAUGGGCAUUACACUGGGACUCCUCCAUCUUAUGGGUAUGACGCCGAUCGGGCGGAGGAGCAGCGGAGACACCACGACAUCUUGCCGUAUAUCGACGACUCGCCUUCUUCCUCGCCUCAUUUGAGCUCCAAGAGCCGAAGCAGCCGGGACACCCUCUCCUCUGGAUCGUUGGAGUCCUCCAAGUCGACGGAAUGUGACCUGGAGAAAGGUUUGGAAAUGAGGAAGUGGGUCCUGUCUGGGAUUUUGGCCAGCGAAGAAACAUACCUCAGUCACCUGGAGGCAUUGCUACUGCCAAUGAAGCCUUUGAAAGCGGCGGCCACAACGUCGCAGCCUGUGCUUUCCAUAUCCCAGAUCGAAACUAUCUUCUUCAAAGUGCCUGAGCUCUACGAGAUCCACAAGGAGUUCUACGAUGGACUCCUGCCUCGCGUCCAGCAGUGGAGCCACCACCAGAGAGUUGGGGAUCUCUUCCAAAAACUGGCCAGCCAGUUAGGAGUUUACAGAGCAUUUGUGGACAACUACGAGCUGGCAGUGGAGACAGCUGAGAAGUGCUGUCAAGCCAACACACAGUUUGCUGAGAUCUCGGAGAAUUUAAAGGUAAGAAGCCCCAAAGACUGCAAGGAGUUGACAGCAAAGAACUCUCUCGAGGCUUUGCUUUACAAGCCAGUGGACAGAGUGACACGCAGCACACUUGUGCUUCAUGACUUGCUCAAACACACUCCCACAAGUCACCCGGACCACCCGCUUCUUCAGGACGCUCUGCGAAUCUCCCAGAAUUUCCUGUCCAGCAUCAACGAGGAGUCCACGCCUCGACGGCAGCUUAUGACUGUCAAGAAGGGAGAGAAUCGCCAGCUGCUGAAGGAUAGCUUCAUGGUAGAACUGGUGGAGGGAGCCAGGAAACUGCGACACGUCUUCCUCUUCACUGACCUGCUGCUAUGCGCCAAACUGAAAAAACAAAUUGCAGGGAAAAACCAACAGUAUGACAGCAAGUGGUACAUCCCAUUAAGUGAGCUGACUUUCCAGGGCCCAGAAGAGACCGAACCGCUCACUAUCCCACAGGUGCCAGAUGAAGAGCUAGAUGCAAUGAAGGUGAAAAUCUCACACCUGCGAAGUGAGAUCCAAAGAGAAAAGAGAGCCAACAAAGGCUCGAAGGUCAUCGACCGCCUCAGGAAGAAGCUGUCCGAACAAGAGUCGCUACUUCUCUUAACAUCUCCCAGCAUGCACCUAAGAGUCUACAACAAGAGUGGCAAGAGCUACAGUAUCCUCAUUUCAUCUGACUAUGAGCGUGCCGAGUGGAAGGAACUCAUCAAAGAGCAGCAGAAGAAAUGUUUCAAAGCCGCUUCUUUAACUUCCAUGGAGCUCCAAAUGUUGACCAAUGCAUGUGUCAAGCUCCAAACGGUCCAUCACAUCCCACUUAGUAUCAAUAAAGAAGAGGAUGAAGCCCCGGGUCUCUGCGGGUUCCUGAAUGUAAUCGUCCACUCUGCCUCCGGCCUCAAACAGAGCUUGAAUCUCUAUUGCACAUUGGAGGUGGACUCUUUCGGCUUCUUUUCAAAUAAAGCCAAGACGAGAGUAUAUCGAUAUACUACUGAACCCAAAUGGAACGAGGAGUUUGAAAUCGAGCUGGAGGGCUCGCAGACCCUGCGGCUGCUCUGCUACGAGAAGUGCUACAAUAAGAGCAAGCAGAACAAAGAGGACGGCGAGAGCAUGGACCACAUCAUGGGGAAAGGACAGAUCCCGCUGGACCCUCAGAUUCUCCAAGGAAAAGACUGGCAAAGGACUGUCAUUCCGAUGAAUGGGAUUGAGGUCAAACUGUCCAUGAAGUUCACCAGCCGUGAGUUUAGCCUGAAGAGAAUGCCCUCACGGAAACCCAUGGGUGUGUUUGGAGUCAAGAUAUCUACCGUGACAAAAAGAGAGCGUUCCAAGGUGCCCUACAUAGUCCGGCAGUGCCUGGAGGAGAUCGAAAGGAGGGGAAUGGAGGAGGUGGGCAUCUAUCGAGUAUCAGGAGUGGCCACCGACAUUCAGGCCCUCAAGACGGCCUUUGACACCAAUCACAAAGACGUCUCGGUGAUGAUGAGUGAAAUGGACGUCAACGCAAUCGCAGGGACUUUAAAGCUGUACUUUCGAGAGCUGCCGGAGCCAUUAUUCACCGAUGAGCUCUACCCCAAUUUUGCAGGCGGAAUCACUCUAUCGGAUAGUGUCGCCAAGGAGAGUUGCAUGUUAAACUUACUGCUCUCAUUGCCGGAACCUAACCUAGUUACCUUCCUUUUCCUAUUGGACCACUUGAAGAGGGUGGCAGAGAAGGAGAGCGUCAACAAGAUGUCCCUCCAUAACCUGGCCACCGUUUUUGGGCCGACUCUGUUAAGGCCUGCCGAAAAGGACAGUAAGAUCCCGACGAACCCCACCCAACCCAUCAGCAUGGGGGACAGUUGGUCCCUGGAGGUUAUGGCACAGGUCCAGGUGUUGCUGUAUUUCCUCCAACUGGAGACGAUUCCUACUCCAGACAGUAAACGACAGAGCAUCCUCUUUUCCACGGAGGUAUAGAGACAAGUCUGUUUACCUUACAAUUUGAUGAACAGACUAAAGGACAGGCUGUAAGCCUUGCUGUAGUAUGUUCCUGAAUUGACUACAUCCUGGGAGACUCACGCACCUGGGAACAACCCCCCCUCCAACCACUAGAGGAUGCCAUUGAGCCUAUAAACCUAAGUCUGUGAGUGUCCAUCCAUUAUUGGAAAGCCCAUAUCGUCCCUUCACAUUCCUGUUUUUCCACCAUAUCAGUCACAGGAAAACAAAAUGUCCCUUCCUGCUUGGAAUUACGUGUGUUUUUAUGUUUCGGGCCUUAAUUGUCGUGUCAUGACCUAGACAAAAUUCGUCUGUCCAUCUCACGUUUCCAGACUUCAUCUCAGCACAUUUUCCAAAAAGGAUGAGAGGAAUCGGGCAAGUUAAACAUUUUCCCCACUCCAUGGAAAGCCUACUGUUGUGUAGGUAAACAAAGCCAGUUAAAAACCAACACAGCAACUUGAAGGACUUAUCGAAGGAAGAUGUUUACUCCUAAUGGACCAAAAUUUCCAACCACAAAGGAACAUUCCCUCUCUUUUGUGUCUCCACUUAGUUUAAAUAUCUGGGAAGCAAUAUAUUUUCUAUCAUGGGAAUUUGCCCUCCUUCUUGUUACAUAGGACAGCCUGUCAAAUGUUGCUCAUGUGUUUCUUGUUGUACAUAAUGUUAAAAGUGUUUUCUUUUCAUGUUAUAAUCUAAGUUGUUAUCUAAAUGUAAUUUAUUCCAGGAUCCUGGAGGAGAGACUUUUUUUUCUAUGUUUGAUUACAGCAGCGGUUAGCAGUUAGCCUUGACUUGGAGCCUUGCGGUGAAUAAGAAGGAUUUAGCCUUGUUGUUUUAGAUGCUCCCGUUGUGUGCAGCCUUUUCUUGCUUGUUGGAGAUGAUUACAGCAGUAUAUUGCGUACUGCCGUGAAAGGAAAACUGCAGAGCUCUAUUUAUAUUAGCUGACAUCCUAAAAAGAUCACCUGCGUGACAGUGUGUAAAGUCGUAACAUUCAUUCUCUGAUGGUAGAAGUGCACUCGUACAGUGUUUGAGUAUAAAAGUUACUCCGCUCACGUUUUCUUUGGCUCAUGAGCUGACCCUACUGUGGAGAACUGCUACAGUAACUACAUAUUAACAAUGAUAAAUACACCCACUGAAUGUAUGCGAUAAACAAAAACAAAAGUGCACCGUUAUAAUAUUGUCAGAUCAUUGAUGCUUGUAGAAAAUAUGUGCAGUGGAACCUUAAAGAAGACAUAUUAUCGAUGUUGGGUGGAAUCCUCACAUCUCCAAAUCACCACAUUUCAGGAAAUGUUUUCGUAAAGAAAAAAAAUGUAUCUCGUUAGAUUCAUCAAACACCGCAAUGUUUAAUGUAGUCGCUACCACGCCAGCAGUCAAGUUGCUACCUAUAUUAACAAGUUUUACACACUAUUUUAAACCUGCACACUAAAUUAAGUUUUUAUAAUAGUCCCAUGAACAUUUGCUUUUGGUUAUUUCAUGAAUUGGGACAGACUGUUUUUUUUUUUUUUUUUUUUCUUCUGUUUUGUUAUUUUACCUCAAUUUACAAGCCCUGCAGAAGAUUUUCAAGGCAAACCAUAGCGCCAAAUCAUAGACUUCACUAUCAGUUGACGGGGCUCGGGGCUGAUCCGUGGGGGCCUACUUUAAAAAACUUUCAAAAUUCAAAUAUUUUCAAAACCAAAGCCGCUAGCGACCUAAAACCAAAACAGGCACAUCCCUUAGGCAUGUAUGAGUCUCCAUGAGCAGCGACAUAAAAAAAAUUCAAAGUCGUUCCCUAAUAAAAUCCUGAUUAGGUAUUGCUCGAUACAAGUAUAAGAAAACUUAAAAUGGAGAUAAAAUUCUCAAAUUUCACAGUAGUUGCACACAAAUCACCAAAUGCAGAAAUAAACCUCCUAUAUUUUCUGGAUCAAUAGCAAUAUUUAACAUAUAUUUAAUUUUUUUCAACAGCUAAUAAAUCACUCCAUUUUCACAUCAGAACUUAAUUCUUCAGGAAAGCCUGCAGAAUCAUCUUAAUUUUACUCAAACAAAAGCAAAAUUUGCAUUUUUCUAUAUACAGUCACAACUUAUUUAGGUUGAAUUCCCAUAUUAUGUAGAGAUACAAAAUCCAACAUGGCGGCCCUCACGGAACAAAGAGCUUUUUAAGUUGAAAAUUCUUGUAAAUAAAUGUUUAAACUGCGAAAUUUUUAUAGAUAUGAAUGUAAAACAGUCUAGAUUCUUGGUUAAAAGCAAAAAUGGACAGUUAUCGUUCAGUUUAGUAAAUAUUCAAAGCAAAAGUUACAGUAUUGUGUAAUCUAUCACGGCGGCCGUCACAAAACAAAGACUUUUUAAGUUGAAAAUUCUUAUAAAUAAAUGCUUAAAUCAUGAAAUUUCUACAGAUAUGAACAUAAAACAGUUUAGAUUCUUGGUUAAAACCAAAAAACGGGCAGUUAUUGUUCAUUUUACGUAAAUAUUUUAAGAAAAGUUAUGGUAUUGUGUAAUCCAACAUGGUGGUCGUUACGGAACAAAGAGCUUUUUAAGUUGAAAAUUAUUAUAAAUAAUUAUUUAAAUUGUGGAAUUUGUUAUAGAUAUGAACGUAAAACACUCUCGACUCUUGGUUAAAAGCAAAAAAAAAAACGGGCAUUUAUCAUUCAUUUUACGUAACUAUUUCAAGCUAAAGUUUGGCAAUUUUUUCCCAUUGAUUUCAAUGUAUUCACAAAGUUUCAAAGUGUAUGCUUGUUGUGAAAAAUAUAAUAAUUACCUUGAAUCCUCGACCAAAUCACUCUUGAGACACUCCUGCCUGCUUGUAUGCAGUAAAACAUUUGCCGUAUUUCCACUUAAAUCUGGCGUUAGAACGCUGCGUGUGGUUGACUUUAUAAUAAUGAAAGCCAACUCAAGUUCUGCCUGGGUCCGGCCCCCUAUGGGAAGGCGUGGCGCAAUGUCUGUGGCAGCUGUCGUGUCAACUGAUGGUGGAGUCUAUGGCCAAAUGCUAAGACAACACAAUAGCCUGUUGCUUAUCCAAUCUUGUCCUGCAGUAUUUUUGCUUUUAAAUCCAUUAAAGUAGAACUUUUUCUUUCAAAAUUAUUUAUCCAGUAUAAGCCCUCAGCACUAAAAUGUCACUGUGAUGAGUCCACGAUUAACAUGCUGGCAUGUUAUUUAUUUUGUUGUCCCUGUACUUAAGUUGACC